CGAUCUAGGGUACAGAACCUCUGAUAAUGCAUUUUUGCGUGCUCCAAAUUUUUAAAGAUUUUAGUUUCGAGAUGUUUUGCAAUCGAAUUGUGAAUCAAACAAUUAGUAACACUUUAUAACUAUUCUCGGGACGUAUUUGCUAUUUAAACCGCUCGAGAUGUUUGCAACAAACGUGAUGAUUAAGACUAUUAAAAACCUUUUAUGGCUUCUUACAAUCAUGAAGUUAAUUGGAGUAGGAACAUCGAUGCGUUUCUCACAAUCUUAUCAGGGACAUCUUAAGAUAAUGACGGAAUUAAUUGACGAAUUUUUUGAUCCAUGUGAGGACUUUUUUCAACACGCGUGUGGUUAUUACGACACAACAGUUGCCCCAAUUGCUCCGUUCAUGUAUAAUAAGGAAAGUUUUGUGAAGUUUUUCGAGAAUAAUAGAGCAAAUUUUUCAACCACCGGUGGUAGACUUUUGAACGGCCUUUAUGAAUCAUGCAAACAGAAAAACUGGGACUCUUCGCAAUGGAAGAGUAUUGGAUUUUUGGAAGAAUUCGCAAAAUGGCCAUUCUUACAACAUGAAUGGGAAGAACUAGGCACUCCAACAAAAUGGCCGAACUUAACAGCAGAAUUGGCAGCAAGAGGAAUUCCUAUAUUUUUUGACAUUUUCUUUGCUAAAAAUACUAUUUUUGUUAGUCCUGCUGACAUUCGGUGUCCUGCAACGCAGGAUGAUAUAAAAACCCUGAUUAUGAGUCCAGCAACCAGCGUGGUAAAUUCUCAAAUUGCAGACGUAAUAUCUACUGAAUUGUGGUCUUUUUGUACAAAAUUAGUUGGAGAUUUGCCAAAGUCCACUGAAAAACCUGACUCACUUGGAAUUAUGGAAAAUUUAUUGGAGUUUUAUUCUGUUUUCUACCAAUCACUUAAUAUUUCUUCGGAAGAAUUCAAUGAUGCACGGCAAGUUCGUUUCCGCACUGAACGGAUCGAUGAAAUACUUGAAGUUGUAGCUGAAACUGAACCUAGGAUUGUAAUCAACUUUAUCAUAUGGAAAAUGCUAGAAGCUCUUGAUUAUAACGACUGUUUUCAACUGACGGAAGAAUUUGAUCAUUUACUUCUCUCAGAAUAUUGGAGCUGGAAAGUUUUUGAAUCAAAAAUUAGCAAAGAUGUGGCUCUAGCAAGUUUUCUUUAUCACACUACACGCUUUCAAAAGCGUCGCAAGGACGUUAUGUAUUCUGAAGAUUGGCAAUCAUUCUUAGACAAAAAACGUCGUCGCAAGGACUUAAAUCUCGAACGAAUUAUUAAAAACUAUGCCAACAAUAAUCUUGCCCCAGACAUUCUGCAAAACGAAUAUUCUGAAUUGGCAAUCGAAAGAGAUGCAUUCUUUUUGAAUUAUUUCAACAUGAAGAGGCAACAACUUCAAUUAUCAUUUCUAGAAGACAAAUACAUCGACAAAGAAGACCCUAAUCAUCCGGCAAAUUUACUUCGUAGAUUUCUUAAUUUUGUCAUCAUAACUAAUGAACAACCUUUAUUUCAUUAUUUCGCUACCGAAGGAUUCGAUUUGUGGUACAAUUCAGAACUUCUCACUUCUACCGAUGACUUGUAUACAGCUAUUGAUUGCUUGGAACGACAAUCGACCAUGUACUCUGAGGAAUACUCGAUUUUUAGCAAUUUAACGACCGAACAAAUGGAGAACUUGUUGAAAUUUAAUCGGGCGUUUUACGAGUCAUUUUAUGACUACCUCUUUUGGCUGGAGGGCGAGAUGUUCUCGUUUGCCGAGGACUAUGUGCUGGAACAUUUCAAUUUAAACUCAAGUCGGGUGUUAUUUUAUUCGGUGGCACAGUUGCAUUGUGGCAGAGACGAUGAUAAAUACGCAACAUUGAUUAAUAGGAGUUUUAUGAAUUCACAGCAAUUUCAAGAUGCAUUCGAGUGUGAUCCUGAAGUGCCAAUGAAUCCGUCAAAUAAAUGUAUGUGCAAAGAUUGUUAGUGUAAUGAAUUUAUUUAA